CAAACUUCGAUAAUGGUUUCGAUAGAACGUGAUCGUUAUAAGUUUAUAAUAUAAUAAUUGUUUUAUAUAUUCAUAUUUUUCAUAUUUUAUUAACAAUAGUAUUAACAAAAAGCAAUACGAUAUUAGAUUUUAUUUGACUAUUAAACUCUCUUCAUUCUUAUAUUGCAUUAUUGUUUUAAAAGAAAAAAAAUCUAUUAAUUUUAGGUUAAUUUCAUUAUAUCAAUAUAAAAAUUAAUACUGAAACUAAGAAAAUAAUUUAAUUUAACGAUGUUCAUAUAAAAAUAUGUAAAUCUAAUAUUUUUAAUGGAAAAAAUGGGUGAUAAAUUGGAAAAUAUUAAUCCCAAAUUAUAUAAAAAAAUAGAUGAAAGACAAAUUACGGCAGAAGAUGAAGAUGAAGAUAUUGUAGAUGAAUUUGAUGCACGAGAAAUUUUUGAUAUGAUUAGAAAUAUUAAUGAUCCUGAACAUCCUUUAACUUUAGAAGAAUUAAAUGUGGUAGAACAAAGUCUUAUUGAGAUUGAUAAUAAAGCAAACAUAGUUCAUGUAAAAUUUACACCAACAAUACCACAUUGUAGUAUGGCAACAUUAAUUGGCUUAUCAAUUAGAGUACAAUUAUUGCGAGUUUUACCUUCAAGAUUUAAAGUUAGUGUUGAAAUUACUCCGGGUACUCAUAUAUCAGAGACAGCAGUAAAUAAACAAUUGGCUGAUAAAGAAAGAGUAGCAGCUGCUCUUGAAAACAAUCAUUUACUUGAAGUAAUUAAUCAAUGUGUGGAUAUAAAAUUUUAAUAAAUUUUUUUAAAUUUUAAAAAAA